GGGAUUUGCUUUGCCCAGUAGUUGAAAAGUGAACUCGACUCGGGAUGGUUCUCCUGUCACUUUGGUUGCUAGCAGCCGCUCUGGUAGAGGUUAGGACUGCAGCGGAUGGACAAGCUGGUUCUGAAGAAAUCCUGCCGAUAGAUUUGCCAAUAAAAGGACAGAAAGAAUAUGAGCUGGUGACUCCAUUCAGCACAAAUGUAGAAGGACAUUAUGUUUCCCAUAUUCUUUCUGCAAAUCAUAAAAAGAGGUCAACGAGGGAUGUGUCUUCCAACUCUGAGCAGUUGUUCUUUAACAUCACAGCAUUUGGAAAAGAUUUUCAUCUGCGACUAAAGCCUAACACUCAAUUAAUUGCUCCUGGGGCUGUAGUAGAAUGGCACGAGACAUCUCCAGUGCCUGGGAAUAUAACUGGCCACUUACAUGAUGAUCAGCCUGGAAAUGCUGCAGAAACAAUCUGGAGAACAGAGCCCUUGCAGACCAACUGUGCUUAUGUUGGUGACAUUGUGGACAUUCCAGGAACUUCUGUUGCCAUUAGCAACUGUGAUGGUCUGGCUGGAAUGAUAAAAAGUGGAAAUGAAGAGUAUUUCAUUGAGCCCUUGGAAAGAGGCAAGCAGAUGGAGGAGGAAAGAGGAAGGAUUCAUGUUGUCUACAAGAGAUCAGCAGCCCAGCAGGCUCCCCUGGACAUGUCUGGAGAUUUCUACCCUAGAGAGUCUGCUUUAGAAGGCCUUGAGGAUCUAGGCAAAGCGUAUAGCAGCAUUGGCCAGCAGCUGAAUGAGACACUACGCCACCGCAGACACUCAGGAGAAAACAAUUACAACAUCGAGGUGCUGCUGGGAGUGGAUGACUCUGUAGUCCGUUUCCAUGGCAAAGAACAUGUACAGAACUACCUCCUCACCCUGAUGAACAUUGUGAACGAAAUUUACCACGAUGAGUCCCUUGGCGUGCAUAUCAACGUGGCCUUGGUGCGCAUGAUAAUGCUGGGCUAUACAAAGUCCAUCAACCUCAUAGAAAGGGGAAACCCAUCCAGAAGUUUGGAAAAUGUGUGUCGCUGGGCUUACCAGCAACAAAAACCAGAUCCCAACCACUCUGAACACCAUGAUCAUGCCAUUUUCUUAACCAGGCAAGACUUUGGACCUGCUGGAAUGCAAGGAUAUGCUCCAGUCACAGGCAUGUGUCAUCCAGUGAGAAGUUGUACCCUGAAUCAUGAGGAUGGUUUUUCAUCAGCUUUUGUAGUAGCCCAUGAAACUGGCCAUGUGUUGGGAAUGGAGCAUGACGGACAAGGCAACAGGUGUGGUGAUGAGACCGCCAUGGGCAGCGUCAUGGCUCCCUUGGUACAAGCUGCCUUUCAUCGCUACCACUGGUCUCGGUGCAGUGGUCAGGAACUAAAGAGAUACAUCCAUUCCUAUGAUUGUCUCCUGGAUGAUCCUUUCGAACAUGAUUGGCCCAAACUCCCAGAACUUCCUGGAAUAAAUUAUUCUAUGGAUGACCAAUGUCGCUUUGAUUUUGGUGUUGGUUACAAGAUGUGUACUGCGUUCCGAACCUUUGACCCAUGUAAACAACUAUGGUGCAGCCAUCCUGACAAUCCCUACUUUUGUAAGACUAAAAAGGGACCCCCACUAGAUGGGACCGAAUGUGCUGCUGGAAAAUGGUGCUAUAAAGGUCACUGCAUGUGGAAGAAUGCUAAUCAGCAAAAACAAGAUGGCAACUGGGGGUCAUGGACCAAAUUUGGCUCUUGUUCCCGAACAUGUGGAACUGGUGUUCGUUUCAGAACACGCCAGUGCAAUAAUCCCACGCCCAUCAAUGGUGGUCAGGAUUGUCCUGGUGUUAAUUUUGAGUACCAGCUUUGUAAUACAGAAGAAUGCCAGAAACACUUCGAGGACUUCAGGGCCCAGCAGUGCCAGCAGCGUAACUCCCACUUUGAAUACCAGAAUAGCAAACACCACUGGUUGCCUUACGAACAUCCUGAAUCCAAGAAAAGAUGCCAUCUUUAUUGUCAAUCCCGAGAGACAGGAGAUGUUGCGUAUAUGAAGCAGCUGGUACAUGAUGGCACGCACUGCUCCUACAAGGACCCGUAUAGUAUCUGUGUGCGAGGAGAGUGUGUGAAAGUGGGCUGUGAUAAGGAAAUUGGUUCAAACAAGAUUGAAGAUAAAUGUGGGGUCUGUGGUGGAGAUAAUUCCCACUGUCGCACUGUGAAGGGGACAUUUACCAGGAUACCCAGGAAGCUUGGGAAGACAAGAGGCGCUUUCACUUUACCCAAAGGAGCUCGUAAUAUUUCUCUUGCUGAAACAAGAGAAGCUAAAAAUGUACUGGCUAUUAAGAAUCAGGCUACAGGUCACUACAUUUUAAAUGGCAAAGGGGAGGAGGCCAAGUCCCGAACAUUUAUAGAUCUUGGUGUGGAAUGGGAUUACAGCAUUGAGGACGACAUUGAGACUCUUCACACUGAUGGGCCCUUACAUGAUCCUGUCAUGGUUCUGAUUAUACCUAAAGAGAAUGAUACCCGCUCCCGCUUGACGUAUAAGUAUAUCAUCCAUGAAGACUCCGUGCCUACAAUUAACAGCAACAAUGUCAUUCAGGAAGAAUUAGAUACUUUUGAGUGGGCUUUGAAGAGUUGGUCUCAGUGCUCCAAACCCUGUGGUGGAGGUUUCCAGUACACUAAAUACGGAUGCCGGAGGAAAAGUGAUAAUAAAAUGGUUCAUCGUAGCUUCUGUGAGGCCAGCAAAAAGCCAAAACCCAUUAGACGAAUGUGCAAUAUUCAGGAAUGCACACAUCCACUCUGGAUUGCAGAAGAGUGGGAACAUUGCACCAAAACCUGUGGCAAUUCUGGCUACCAGAUCCGCACCGUACGCUGCCUCCAGCCACUCCAUGAUGGCACCAACCGCUCUGUGCACAGCAAGUACUGUGUGGGUGAUCGUCCUGAGAGCCGCCGGCCCUGUAACAGAGGGCCUUGCCCGGCCCAGUGGAAAACCGGGCCUUGGAAUGAGUGUUCAGUGACCUGCGGUGAGGGAACAGAGGUGAGGCAGGUGCUGUGCAGGGCUGGAGACCAAUGCGACGGGGAAAAGCCCGAGUCUGUCAGAGCCUGUCAGCUACCUCCCUGCAAUGAUGAGCCAUGUUUGGGAGACAAGUCCAUAUUCUGUCAAAUGGAGGUGCUGGCCCGAUACUGUUCGAUUCCAGGUUAUAAGAAGUUGUGUUGUGAGUCGUGCAGCAAGCGCAGCAGCACCUUGCCACCACCCUACCUUGGAGAAGCUGCUGCAACUCACGAUGAUUCUAUCUUCAGUUCGAGUGACCUCUCAAAAUCUCUAGUGAUGCCUACACCUUUGGUUCCUUACUAUUCAGAGACCCCUGCUGAGAAAAAGUCUUUGGGAAGUCCACACGCACAUGCUGCUUUCAGCAGACCUGAUGGUGCUAACUCACCCCAGCGAGGAGCACAGCAGGCUGGAAGUAAGACUCUGACCCUGGUCUCAGAACCAUCCUCCUCAUCCACCAAGGGUGCUGGCCACCUUGAUUCUGCUUCACAGGUGGCUGCUGCAUCCUUCCUUGACAUCAGUGAUUCCACAGGUGCUUCUUCUCAGGCAAGAACCUCAAAGAAAGAUGACAAGAUAAUCAGGUUGCCUGUUUUAGAAAGAUGAGAAGAUAGAUCUCGAAACCUGGACAACCUCUCUCUCUGCAUGGUGCAUACAGCUUGUUCAAAGUGGGAAUCUCCAUAGAUGGUUUACUUUUAUCGGUUAAAUGGAAGUACAUAAAGUGCUGGUUCACUUUCUCGUGGCUUUUAUCCUCCCUUUUUAUUCUGCAUUGACUCAUAUCACCAGAAUUCAUCGGAAGAAAGGACCAAAGAUAUGUUCACAAAAAGACAGUGUAUUGCGGAGUCUGGUGGCUGCUCUCUAGAAGGGACUGGAACCAAUUGUGCAUAUCAGCUGAUUUUUUUAAUGCCAACGGUUUACACCUCAAGAAAUUUUGGAAAUAGUGCAAAGAAUUGUUAGACUUGUAUUCCUAUUUAUCUAUAUUAGAAAUAUUGUAUGGGCAAAUUUGCAGCUGUUGUGUAAAUACUGUAUAUUGCAGAAAUCAGUAUUAUUUUAAAGAGAUGUUCUUGAAUGAUUGUUUACUAUCUUACAUUUCUGGAUGUUCUAGGUGCCUGCCAUUGAGUAUUGCCUUAUUUGACAUUCCAUAGGUUGAUUUUUUUCAAAGCAGAAUAUUAUGAAGAAGUUAGAAUUACAGCUACUGACAAUAUAAGAAGCUUUGUUGUAUGGUUUUUGUUGAAUCAACAAUGUGAUACUUAAAUUAUAGAAAAAGCAGAGAACUGAAAGAUAAACAGAUCUCAUCUAUUCCCUAUUGUUGCUACAACUAAAACACAAAACCCAGGAUUGAUAAUAAUUAGAGCAGUAAAUGAACCUUUACAAGACAAAUGGUCUUGCCAGGACCUCAUUUUGCACCCUUGUGAUUUUUUUAAUUUUCCUAUUGCUGAUAUACAAACGCUUAUCCUUUUGAGUAGCUGAGAAAAAUAUCAGACUAGAAGUGACAGUGCUUUGAAAGCAGGUUCAAGGAAGUAUUCGUUAAUGGUUGAAAUAAUUUAUUUUCUGCAUGGUUCAUAUCCAAAUAUUCACAACCACAAUGCAUCCGACUGCAAUAAUGUGCUAGUAAUUUAUGUCAGUGAUCACCUUGCUCACAGUGAAGCCAGAAAUGCUCUCUCCAGGGAGUAGAUGUAAAGUACUUGUACAUAGAAUACAAAACGGAAAAUAUUUAUUAAAAGUUGAUUUUUUUCUUGAUAGUAUUUUUAUGUACUAAAUAUUUACACUAGUAACAAAGAAAUAUUUUGGUAAACUAGAGAGAGAAUUUUCUGUGCCAUAGAGGAGAAAUUAAUGCAAAGCCUAUCACCACAGCCAAUUCAAAGCUAAAAAUCAAUUUAAUCUCAUGUAAACAAACCUUUUUUUGCCUUUUUUUUAAAGUAGUCCAUGCAAAGCUGUUUCCCUUGAUGGAAACAUAAAAUAGGAAUUCAGCUACAGCUAUGUCUUUAAUGAACAGUGAAUUAGAAACAUUUUAAGGUGUAUGAAAGAUAAAUAUUCCACAAAUGACACGUAAAGUGUCCUAAGCAGAAGGUUCGAAGACAAUAUUUGUAAACUAUAAACAUAUUAACCUGUCAAAGCACAGAUGUUCAAGGACUUCUACAUUUUGCUAGUAAACAGCCUCAAACAUUGAUUCUAUACCUCUAAAAUGAAUCGCUGCUACUUUGUAAAACACAUUGGGUGAAUUCCAGAUAGUAAAACAAUCCCUGAGCCUUGAAGUUAUUUUCCCCCCCUAAGAGUAUUACCAGAAUGAGAUUCUCUCUAGUUUACUUGCAUGUGCAUAAGUCUAGUCCACAGGGACUAUGAAGAUGGUCAAACACACACACCUCCCAUAAAGAUGGACAGAUUUAUUCUACUUCUGACCUAUGAGCUUUCUCUUCUACUAAGCUAAAAAAUUACUUUCCAUCGAAGUGUACACUACUGAUGCUGUUUGUUGUA